AUGGCGCGUCAGAAGCCCUCCGCUCCCCAGCAUAUAGAGAAAAAGGAACCAACGAAGGAAGAGUCGGAAAUAGAGGAUAUAGAAAGCUUAAGCGACGACGAAGACAUCCCCGAGGGCAGUCCCGAUGAGCUGUGCGGUCAAGGCCAGAUUUUAGAAAAUGCGAAUCAGUUGGACGAUGCAAUUCAGUAUUUCGAAUGGGCCGUUAGAAAGAAGGUAAUCGAAUUAUCGGAAAAUGCCGAUCCCGCGACCGCUGAAUUGAUGCCUGAAAUGGGCAUUUACUGGCUUAGGUACGGAGAUGCUUUAUUUUCGCGGUUAGAAGCGAGCGAUGAGAUUUUCGGAGUGGAGAAACCUGAUAAUGAGGCUUCGGGUGAAGAAGAUGACGAUGCAAAAUUAGCAUGGGAAGCAAUGGAUACAGCCCGAGUCUGCUUUGACCAAUUGUUAGCAAGUGGUUCGUUUGUGAAGGCCGAGAAUCCGAGAUUGGACAAUUUGGCGUCUUGGCUGGAUUGGGCCGUAACGCAGGGCACACCUUGGGUCCAGCACGAAUUUGAUGAAGCGACUUCCAAGGCCUUGCGUGCUAUGGCCUACUGCCGAGUGCGACUGGGUGACUUUAAGAUGGGGUUCCAGGUCUACGAACAGGCUGUCGAAGAGUUUGCCUCAUCCGUUAAAAUAUGUGCAGAGUAUGGCCUUUCAUAUGCGAAGGGCUUGGAGGCCGCCCUUCCGUUGGCACAAUGCCUCAUGGCACUACAGUCACCUCAGAGCGUUCCGGCGUUCAAAACCUGUCUGAAACUUAUUGAGGCAGAGAAGUCCCAAUCGACCUUGAGUCCGGAAAGGGCCACCCUGCUUGACCAGACGUAUGAAGAUUUAAGCAAACAACUGGAAGAGUACGAAUCGGUUAAAGGCCACAUUGGCGAGACGCUCAAGGAAGCAGUUGAACAUGUGCAGGGAGGCUUUGCCGAUGAGGAACCCCUUCCGCAACCGGAUCCAACGGAACCGGUGCUGGAUCUUGGCGUUGUAUCCAAGCGUCGGCGGAAAGAGAACGACCAGCAGUUCGGUGAGGGCCGUUUAAAGGAAGAACUGCCAGACCGUUUAAAGGAAGAACGGCAAGACCGUUUAAAGGAAGAACGCCAAGACCGUUUAAAGGAAGAACGCCAAGACCGUUUAAAGGAAGAACCCUUGAAGGAAUACCGUUCAAAGGAAGACGGCUUGAAAGAAGACCGGUUGAAGGAAGAACGCUCAGACCGCCCUAACGGGGUAUCGGCGACGGAAGAGCGAGUGAGUAGUCCGGGUGGUGCAGCCAGCGCAGUUCCGGCCAAGCACAGCCCGGGAGAGGGCGGUUCCUCAGGACGAAGCACUACUGAGGGAAGUGCUGCUGCUGCCGCUGCCGGAGCUGGAGCUGCUGGUAUAGCUGGAGCUUGA